AUGAGACAAAAAUUAUUCAGAAGUGAAGCCAAGAAAAAGAAAAAGAAAAAGCAGCAAGUGCGGGUGACAAGAAGGGAGUAGAGAGAAGAAAAUGGCUGUGAUCACUGCCCACACUUACAAACCCUACCUCUCUCACUCUCCUCCCAAUCUUCGCCAUUCCUCUCCCAUUUCCGUUUCUUCUUCUCCAUUUCCGCUCAAAACAACUAUACCAUGCCUCGCCUCUUCCCCUCUCGCCGCCGAAUCACCUCUCACCGCGAAAGUUGGAAAUGCGAAGAAAGAUUUUCUUCACAUAGAUGAUUUUGAUAAGGAAACUAUUUUGAAGAUAUUGGAUCGAGCUAUUGAGGUGAAGGCAUUGCUGAAAUCAGGGGAUACGACAUUUCGACCAUUCGAAGGGAAGACAAUGUCAAUGAUAUUUGCUAAGCCAUCCAUGAGAACUAGGGUUUCGUUCGAGACUGGUUUUAAUUUGUUAGGUGGCCAUGCCAUUUAUUUAGGACCUGAUGAUAUACAGAUGGGUAAGCGGGAGGAGACUCGUGAUGUUGCUCGUGUGUUGUCUCGAUAUAAUGAUAUCAUUAUGGCUCGUGUUUUUGCUCAUCAGGACAUACUUGAUCUUGCAAAGUAUGCUAGUGUCCCAGUCAUCAAUGGUUUGACAGACUACAACCAUCCCUGCCAGAUAAUGGCUGAUGCCCUUACUAUGAUUGAGCACAUCGGUCGGUUUGAAGGAACCAAGGUUGUCUACGUUGGAGAUGGAAAUAAUAUUGUCCACUCAUGGUUGUUGAUGGCAGCUGUAAUUCCUUUUCACUUCGUCUGCGCGUGUCCAAAUGGUUUUGAACCUGAUCCAAAAACAGUGGAGAAGGCAAGGAAGGCUGGAAUCAGCAAGAUUGAGAUAACUAAUGAUCCCAAAGAAGCUGUUAGAGGAGCUGAUGUUGUGUAUUCAGAUGUCUGGGCCAGUAUGGGGCAAAAGGAAGAAGCUGCAUACCGUCGCCAAGUGUUUAAUGGAUUUCAGGUGGAUCAAAGUCUUAUGGAUAUGGCUGGUUCAAAGGCAUUUUUCAUGCACUGCUUACCAGCAGAAAGAGGGGUGGAGGUGACUGACGAAGUUGUGGAAGCUCCAUAUUCAAUAGUCUUUCCUCAAGCUGAGAACCGAAUGCAUGCACAAAAUGCCAUAAUGCUCCAUGUACUUGGCAAGUAGCUGAUUAGAUGAUAUUUUGGUUUGAGCAAUGUUAGUAAUGUACACUUUCAAUAAAUUGUUUUGGACUUUAGGCUAGUGUUCACUUGUAACAGUUGGUUUUAGGCUUCCGGCAACAUCAGUAUAAAAGUUGUUGGAACUUGAGUUGCGUUUGUAUUAUGACUAGCCACUGAAGAGCAGCCGAGUCUUUUGAAAAUGCUAGUAUAAAAUUUUGUUUUCCCAUUUUAA